AUGUCCCGUUCGUCCACGCCGGCCUUGCCCAUGUACAAUGCCUCGAGGCAGGAUCUAGCACCCCCUGAGCAAGCUCGUCCGACCUUGACACGACAGAGGACUCCGCAAACCGUCACAGCCAACCAUGCAGUCCUCACACCCCAGGAUACUGCUACGCGCCUCUCCACCUCGUUGACACAUGGUCUACAACCCAACGAAGCCGCCACACGUCUGCACAGCGAUGGCCCGAACGAACUACCUCACGAGGAACCUGAACCAUUAUGGCUGCGAUUCGUCAAGCAGUUUCAAGAGACGCUGAUAUUGUUGCUUCUAGCCUCAGCUGCCAUCUCAGCAGUCAUGGGCAACUUGGAGGACGCCAUCAGUAUCGCUAUUGCCGUCCUGAUUGUUGUCACCGUCGCCUUCGUGCAAGAAUACCGAUCAGAGAAGUCUAUGGAGGCAUUGAAUUCGCUUGUCCCCCAUUCGGCCCACGUCAUCCGCAGCGCCGAACGCAGACCCGACAAUGAUACUCUGGAGGAGGCCGAGAAGAUUUCUUUGGCCAAUGCCGAGAAGGCAUCCAUGACUAUACCCGCUGGCCAACUGGUCGUUGGAGACCUCGUUCUAUUCCACACUGGCGACCGCAUUCCCGCCGACAUUCGUAUCACCCGUGCCGCAGACCUCUCCAUCGACGAGUCCAAUCUGACUGGUGAAAACGAGCCCGUACACAAAUUUGCAGCAAGCAUCACAGCUUCCAAAAGAGAAGGAUAUCCGAGCUCGCCUGUAUAUGCGUCCGAGGCUUCAGGUACCGUGGGUGCAGACCUCCGUCUGAACGAGCAGAAGAACAUUGCUUUCAUGGGAACACUGGUUCGCUCAGGCUAUGGACAAGGUAUUGUGAUUGGUACCGGAGGUGGUACAGAAUUCGGUGCCAUCUCUGCUUCGUUGCAGGAGAUCGAGAGCCCUCGUACACCCUUACAGCUCUCCAUGGACAACCUCGGCAAGGAGCUCAGUUACAUGUCCUUUGGGAUCAUCGCCUUCAUUAUGCUCAUAGGCUUUAUUCGCGGUAGACCGUUCCUGGAACUGUUCCAGAUUGGUGUCUCACUUGCCGUUGCUGCUAUCCCUGAGGGUCUGCCUAUCAUCGUCACCGUCACACUGGCUCUUGGUGUUCUUCGCAUGUCAAAAAGACACGCCAUCGUGCGUAGGCUCCCAAGUGUGGAAACUCUAGGCUCUGUCAAUGUUAUUUGCAGCGACAAGACCGGAACUCUGACCAUGAACCAUAUGACGGUUACCAAAAUGUGGCAUUUUGACGACGAGGCCCCUGUAGAUGUGGUCAAGGUACAUGCAACUGCUCCCUCGAGUUCUGCUACGCGCACCAUUUUACGUAUUGGCAACAUUGUCAACAAUGGAAGAUUGGGUUCCGAGUCUUCCUCUCAUGCUACAGCGGCUUCGGCAGCUAUCCUAUCUUCGACCAUGGGAGGCGACUUGGCGAAUGCAAAGAGUCGUUGGACAGGUCAGCCAACUGAUGUAGCGCUACUCGAUCUUCUGGACGCAUUUGGCGAAGAUGAUAUCAGAAACAACAUUGGAAGCAGGCGCAACGAGACGCCAUUCAGUUCAGAGCGCAAAUGGAUGGGUGUGGUCAUUCACAACCCACAAGAAAUCAAUGGAGCUGCAACAGCCUAUAUCAAGGGUGCUAUUGAGCGUGUUCUCGGUCGCUGCGAUACCUACAUGACCUCGCAAGGACGCGAAGUCGUUCUGGACGAGCAGAGACGUCAGGAAGCAUUGAAAGCAGCCGAAGAUAUGGCGCAAGAUGGACUUCGUGUUCUUGGCCUCGCGAGCGGUUCGAUUCGUGAAUCCAAGGAUCGUCGCAUCUCCCGUGGCACAUCACCCAAGCCUGAGGGUUCCUCGUUGGCCGAUGAAGACCAUCUAUACACUGGACUUUGCUUUGCAGGCCUGGUGGGUAUGAAUGACCCUCCUCGCAAGGGUGUGGAUCGUUCUAUACGCCGUCUCAUGGCUGGCGGAGUCAAGGUUAUCAUGAUUACUGGUGAUGCCGAGACCACAGCCGUGGCCAUUGCGAAAAAGCUAGGCAUGCCUAUCAAUAUGUCAUCAGCCCUUGGUUCACCAGUCUUGCGUGGUGACCAGCUGGAUCAAAUGAGUGAUGAGGAUCUCGCUCAAGCGAUUUCGCGCACAUCAGUCUUUGCAAGAACGAGUCCAGAUCACAAGAUGAAGAUCAUCAGAGCAUUGCAAUCAAGAGGCGAUGUCGUGGCCAUGACAGGCGACGGUGUCAAUGAUGCGCCAGCACUCAAAAAAGCAGACAUUGGCAUAGCAAUGGGCAAACUCGGCACCGACGUGGCCAAAGAAGCCGCAGACAUGAUUCUAACAAACGACGACUUCAGCACCAUCCUCGCCGCCAUUGAAGAAGGCAAAGGCAUCUUCCACAACAUCCAAAACUUUUUGACUUUCCAACUCAGCACAUCUGCCGCUGCUUUGGGUCUUGUGAUGCUGAGCAGUGCUUUCGGCUACAAGAAUCCGCUCAAUGCCAUGCAAAUCCUCUGGAUCAACAUCCUCAUGGACGGUCCUCCUGCCCAGUCAUUGGGUGUAGAGCCCGUGGAUAAAACAAUGCUGCAACUACCACCUCGACCCCGUCACGCACGCGUCCUUACACCCCGCCUUAUUCGCCGUGUACUGCAAUCCUCACUGGUCAUCAUGGCAGGCACACUGUACACCUACAUCUCCAACCUUUCCACCACCGACCUCGCCUCCCACGAAGUCUCACCCCGCGACACCACCCUCACCUUUACGGCAUUCGUUCUCUUCGACAUGUUCAACGCCCUCACCUGCCGCAGCGCCACAAAAUCUUUGCUUCUUGGCGAAAUCAAGUUUACGGGCCACAAAGCAAAUGCCAUGUUCAAUUAUGCUGUAGCGGGCAGUUUGCUGGGUCAGGCUUUGGUCAUUUAUUUCCCGCCUUUGCAGGGCGUGUUCCAGACUGAGGCGCUUGGGCUCAGGGAUCUGGUGGGUUUGGUGCUGUUGGCGAGUACGGUGUUUUGGGUUGACGAGGGGAGGAAGUGGUAUGAGAGGAGGGUUGCCAAGGGGAAUGUGCUUGGUGGAUAUAGUAGCAGGGUGUAA